GUCGCAGCGCAGGUCGGGGCGCUUCGCAGGGCGGCGAGGGAAGGUCAAAUGGCGGCGCUGCUGGGCGGGCUGGUUGCUUUAGGCUCCGCGGCCGGCAGGCAACUUUUGCCUGUUCCCACAUUCAGUGCAGCUGUGGUGAGGUUUGCAUCCAAAAAAAGUGGAGGCAGCACCAGAAAUCGUGGAGGGAACAGAACUGGGAAAAGGUACGGCUUCAAAAAAUUUGAUGGACAAUUUGUUCACGCAGGCAACAUAUUGGCCACCCAGCGUGUAAUCCGGUGGCAUCCGGGUGCUCACGUGGGGAUGGGAUGCAACAAGUGGCUGUAUGCUCUUGAAGAUGGAGUUGUGAGGUAUACAAAAGAAGUCUACAUACCGCCUGCCCGUGGCAAGGAAAGCCGAGAAGUGAUCUGCCAGUUGCCCAAAGGAGCUGUGCUAUAUAAAACUUUCAUCAAUGUUGUUCCUACCGAAGCAGUGGGAAGUUUUAAGCUGAUCACCAUGAUCUGAGAGCUAGUUCUGAAUGACUUUUGGUUAGUCCUCUACAGCUGGGAACGAAGCAAUAUUUGGAGCAUCUACAGCAUAUCAUACAGAGACAUCGUCUUAACACACACCUCUGAUGUUCUGCGGAUGAAAUAAAGAUUGAUAGUAGUUCUUUUCCAAAGCACAACAGUCGUACUACUGCUGUUCAUUUUGGAGGAACUAUCUCGAGCGAAUUCUUUAUUCUUGGGGUAAAAGUAGUUGAUGCAAGUAGGUUUCCAAUGUAAGAGUGUCCUUGAGUAUUCUCAGCAGAUUUUAUGUCUACCUGCAGACAUGAAGUUAUUUCUUCCCAACUUCACAUCACAAUCUGGGUACAAAAUGUACAUGUAAUGUCAUUAUUUGUACAUGAUGCCACUAUGCACACAGUGAACUUUUGCAGUGUUGCCUGCUAUGUACCAAACAUGCCAUAGAUACAAUCUAGCAGGAAGUUCCUGUCCCAUCCCAACUUACUCCUUAUCCAAUGUGUCAAAGCAUUUAUCGAUUUUAGAUAAAAUGGAAUUUCUUUGGUGUUCACUUGGCUUAGUGAAUGGUGUGGAUCCAGCCAGGUGGUUUGAAAACCAUAGAUUACUGCAUUACACGUGAACCAUAAUUACGCCUUGGAACUAAGUAUGGUUUCAGUCCCAGGUAUAUAGCAUAUGACUAUUUGGGAAAACUUUAUAACAAUACAUAAUUCGAACUUUAUUGCAACAAAAGGAGGAAGCAAGACAACUUGAUUGCUUUAGACUAUAAAUUUGACUUUUAUGGUCCCUGUGUAGAACUUUUCGUCUCUAGAUAAUUUUGCUGUUAAGACUCCUUACUUUGAAAUUAUUUUACAAUGGUGACUGGUCUUGUCGCUAUUAAAAAAAAAAUCAUGUCCUUAAUUUA